GAAAACAGUCAGCAGAAGAGGUCCGUAACUAAUCAGAAUGACAGUAUAAGAAAGCUCGAACAUACGAUGGAGGCAACUUCACCUGAGAUCCUGAACUCUUCUUCAUACAAGGAAGUCUUCUGGAGUUACCAAACUGAGCUAACCAGAAACUUCUCUUCGGAAACCGCAAAUGCUACUGUCUGUCUCAUAAAUGAAGGCGCCUUGUCUCUUGUUUUCAUCAUUUUUUACUCCAUUAUUUUUGUUAUUGGAUUGGCUGGCAAUAUUAUAGCCUUGUUUGCUUUUUUCUACAUUAAUCACAAAAGAAAUUCUAUCCAGAUUUACCUGCUUAACGUAGCCAUUGCAGACCUUCUACUGAUCUUCUGCCUCCCCUUCCGUAUACUGUAUCAUAUUAACAGAAACACAUGGAUGUUGGGAUUGAUUUUCUGCAAGAUUAUAGGAACCCUAUUUUAUAUGAACAUGUACAUUAGCAUCAUACUGCUGGGAUUAAUUAGCGUGGAUCGUUAUGUAAAAAUUAACAAGUCUAUACGACGUCCAAAAAUGUUAACAGCUACACGAAGCAGAUAUAUCUGUUGCAUAUUGUGGGCAAUUGCAGUAAUAGGAUUCAUAACGACAGUUGCUCACUCUGUUAAGAGGGAAGAAUACAAUUCGACUAUGUGCUUCCAUUACAGAGAUAAACAGAAUGCAAAAAUGGAGGCAAUUUUAAACUAUAUUCUUGCUACAGUCUUUUGGAUAGUUUUCUUUCUACUAAUACUUUCGUAUAUUAAAAUUGCGGAGAACCUUCUGAAAAUUUCCAAGAAAAGAGCAGAUUUUCCCAAUGCUGGAAAGUACAGCACCACAGCACGGAAUUCCUUCAUUGUACUUAUUAUUUUCACCCUGUGUUUUGUACCAUUUCACAUAUUCCGAUUUGUCUACAUUACAUCACAAUUACAACACACAUCUUGUAACUGGAAGGAGAUAAUUCACAAAUGCAAUGAGAUAAUGCUUUUAUUUUCAGCUUUCAACAGCUGUUUAGAUCCAGUUAUGUAUUUCCUAAUGUCCAGCAGUGUUCGUAAGACUGUAUUCCGACUUAUUUGUAGAACACUUCAUGGAGACUCAAGUGUGAGUGACAGUAUUUCAGAAAUGAAACUUGGGCAAUCUCGUCAUGAUACUGCAACUACCAUUACCCCCCAUUCAAGCUUUUUAAAGAAAAAUUCCCUCAUCUGAUUGCCUAAAUAUAAUGGACAACCACUUACCAAAAAGACAAGCAGAUAAUCUACUAGAUAAUCUAGAUAAUUGAAACUGGAUGUAUGUGUGUACAGGAAUGUACAACAAUACAGAGUUGGUAAUACUGCCUCAAGAAAAGCCUUUCCGCCCUCCUUUCCUUCCUUUUUUACAAGUAUGGAAGGUCAUACUUCAACUGCUUAAACAAAUUAAAAAUGAUUUUUGGUGAAAAAGAGCUUAACUUUUUUUUUAUUACAAAUCAAUAUGAAGUUUGAAACCUUCAAUUAUAGAUUCAUUUAAGAAAGGAUUAAUCUAGAGCACUUUCUUUCAGGGGCAAAUUUUCAAAAUGUGACCUUGACGUGUGCGCAAGAAGCUUUACACACAAAUACUUGGCAUGCAUUUAUUAGCACUACUAGCUCUGCACAUAUGAUAGGAUGAAUUUUGCACAAGUAAAUCUUUAUCUGUAUCUAAUUCAAACCAACUAUGAAACUGAUGUAUUACAGAUUUUAUAAAUCCGUCUUUGAAAAAAAUAUAUUUUAGCAGGCUUCAAAAAUAAAUCAGCAUCGUAACUGCAUUUAUUAAACUAAUCCUUUCAGCAAAAUGUAUCAUAAUCUAUUAUGAAUGUGACUUACACAGAAGGUAAGAACUAAAACAAUUAUUAGUUCAUUUAUUGGAAAAAAUGUGCUUUUUAUUUUGUUUAUUAAGGAAAAUUUGAAUAUUCAAUUACUGAUUUUGAAAUCCUCUAACAAGCCUUCCAGAACCUUCAUUAUGUUAAACACCAAUCUUAACUCAGGGAGGAAAAAGGUGAAAAUACAGGAAAGUAGGCAAUUCACAUUUUGAGGCGAGAGCGGCAAGGGAUGAAGGGGAUUAUUCAAGAUUUGUUUCAAAAUUCUAUUGACAAAUCUAAUAAUUUCAAAACGCACAUGUAUGCCAAAAUCUCAACAAGGAUAAGAAAUUCAUAACGAAAAACAGUUACAAAAACUGUAAACACAAAAUUAAGCUGUUGUGGAUGUAGGAGGAUUUGAAAUGAGCAGUGUUUUGUCAGUUCUGGUCUCUGUUCAAUCCCAAUCACCUACAUUUUGAGGUUAAUAUCUACUUGUAUAUUUCCAAAAACAUUUAUUUAAAAUAUAAUACACCUAUGGCAGAGACCAUGUCUUUUUACAUGACUAAAGUAUCACAAUCAAUGAUGUCAUGCAAACAAUAAUAAAAUAUUAAAUGUGGACGGCAUAGCCCAAUUCAGAUUUAAAACCAAGCAGAUUUAUGCAGUUAAUGCAUGCAGGCUGAGUAAAACUUUUAACAAUGUUUAACUAGCCUUGAUGACUAGGGAGUGGGUGAGGGAGGGAGCUAGACGAAGAGUGAAGGAACUGGACUAAGAAUGGAACUUGAAUCUCUAAUGUGAUAGGCCACAAUGCUGGCCAGGCCUGAAUUUUGUUUUAAGCUCUAAAAUAAAAGGGUCUAAUCCUGCAAAAUUUGAGUAACUUUAUUCAAGUGAGUAGUUGUACUGAAGUUGAUGAAAACACUCUUGUGACUGCUCCCUAUAUCUUUGAAAGACUGGGUCCUAAGGCACCAUGUUGCAUGUCUAAAUCCUGG